GCUCAGGUUGAAACUACAUAGAAGUUUCUAAGCAGAGCUCGGUCAUAACUUGCCAUUGCGUUGGGUUUCUACCCUUUAGCAGAGUUUUCUUUAUUUGUGAAGAACGGUCGUGUUGCGUUGUAAUUAUAUGCGAAGCUUGGAGAACGGAAAUAUCGUGGAAACCAUUCUCGUUUCUCGACAUGACUAAGUGUCAAGAUAUUUCUGACAAGAAAGUUCCUGGAACGGGAAAUGCAAUCUUUGAACAGUUAGAAAAUCAUACGGGAGGAGAAUAAAUACAAUUUUGCUAAUAGACGAAGUAUUAUGCGAUUUUUUUUUUGUAAAUAAAAGAGAAAAGAAACAAUGAAAAGCAGGAAUAAAAAUUGUCUCUAAGAAGAAAACGUUACAUUUUACUAUCAAUGGAAGUAUUGUGUAAUUACAACGUGACACGAGCAUUUUUGGUAAAUAAUGGAAACACGGAUGAAAAGUAAAAAUGCUACGGUCGAAAAUUGCGAGUGAUCGUUAUCGAGCCAUUAUUAUUUGUGAAAAUGGACACAGGUCAAUUUAGAUGACUAUCAGAUGGAACAAUUGUUAGGAAAAUGGUAGGUGCCUAACAGGAAAGGGAAUGCUAUUCGGUGACGUGAAUCAGUACAUUGUUUGUCGUUAUACCGUAACGAUUAAUCCCGUGGGACAUUGGGACGUAUUAAAUAAGCACGUAACACGAUGUUGUAAAACCGAAUCUAUUAAGUUGACUCGUGAUUUCGUCCGAUGGGAAUUAUACAAAGUUAUUGAAUGAACAGUGCAGUUUCAUUCUUAGCGGCAACAAUUAAGUCCGAUUAACGUCACUUGACCUAACGUUGCAAAGUGCAACUCCGACUUUGUUUGCCUCGUGCAGUUCGCGCAUGAUUUUGCAGAAAAAGUAAAGAAGCUUCCGCAACGACCAACUGUGUGUUAUUAACCGCGUCUCGCGAACUAUGGCUUUGCUUACUUGGAAGUCUUGGAACAUUGUCUUAUCAAUCUCUACGGUGACUGCCAAUGCGACCAUUGGAAAUAAAGUCACUUACAACGAGCUGAUUGAUAAAACGAUGACAAUCGUUCGAUCAUGUACGAUGUUCCAUGCAGACGACGCUCUUCUAUUAGCUGGGGAGUACCAUGAAUUCUUUCAACGAUCUCUACUCAACGAUCUACCGGUUGCACUAAUCUCCGAAUCGAAAUCAACGGCGUUCGAGAUGUUCACUCUGGGCAAAUAUUCGUACACGAUAUACACACAGUUCUCUGUGAUAUAUUUGCUUUGGAAAUUGAACCAAUUCAUCGUGGUUGCAUCCUCGCAGCCAAUGCUUCAAUUGCUUCUGCAAAGGACAAAGGACUCUGGUUGGUCGAACUUUCAGGGUUUCCAUAUUCUGAUAGACAGGAAAACCGAGCAACGCGGCUGUGUGAACGCUUACAAUUUCCUGUGGACAGCUUGGGAAUACGACAGACUUUCCACCAUAUUUCUAUGCAUCGAUCCGAUCGAAGGAAUCGUCCUUUAUACUUUUAAUCCUUAUUCGAGCAUCGCGCCUGAAGUUUGGAGGAACGUUGGACAUUUCCAUGGGCGCAGUGAACAUCCUUGGAUAUUAUUGAAAAAGAAGUAUAAUGAUUGGAGAACAUGCGAGGACUUGAUGUUCGACAAAACGAAAGAUCUAACCGGGUACGAGGUCCGAACGAACGCCAUAUCCUUCGAGCCGCAUCUUCAAAUAGACCCAACUAAACGAGGCUUGGAACAGUUCUCCGGUGACAAUAGCGAAAUCCUGAAAAUAGUGUUCAAGAAGUUGAACGCGAGCCUUCGCGUGCGUGUGUACACUGGAUCUCCGUAUACUUUAGGAGGAAUUGGCAGUCACGGAACCAUGGUGGGAAUGAUGGCUGACUUGGCUACUGGUGAGGUGGAUAUAGGAAUGAACGCGAGGAGCCUGUAUAAUACAUGGAAGGUCGAACACACGUAUCCUCACGGAGACGACGGUCUUUGCGUGUUCACGCAACGAGCAGGAGAAAUAUCAGAGUUUACCAAGAUCAUGUCCUUCCUAUCGCCAGUUAUACACGCGGCCAAUGCUGUCGUGUUCGUGAUCGCCCUUCUGGUUCUUACGAAAUACCAGGGGUUCGUAAAAGCUAGCGUGAAUAUAAUACGUUUGAUGACUUUUGGCGCCGUACAUAGAUUACCGGGAACCAAUUCCACCAGGAUCUUCUUCAGUAGUACGUUCAUAUUGUACUUGAUAAUGAACGCGCUGCACCAGAGUCAUUGGGCUUCGUUUCUUACUAUUCCUGUUUCUCUACCAAAUAUUAGAACAUCGGAGGAUCUUAAGAAGUCUGGCUGCCAAAUCUACGGAUCGAUGUUUCACGGUCAAGAGCUUCAGGAUCCCGAACUACAAUCGCGUUUCCACAAGGACACCUACUAUGCUUGCAAGGAGCACGUGCUUCGAUCGCGAUGCGCCGCCUGCUUAGGUGACUGUCUUCAUCAUUACAUGAGGAUCCACAAUGAAAUGCGCCUUUAUCGAUCUAGGAAAAUACAGCAAAACUCGCUAGUGUUCAAGACCAGAGAGGAUUGGCCACUGCUUGCUUCUGUAACGCAAAUGAUUCGAAGAACGGUCGAAGGUGGAAUUAUAGAAAAAUGGAAGGAGGAGAGUACAAGAAAAACGCGCUGGGCGUGGAAGAAAAGGCAACUGGACAAAAAUAAAAGCUUCAAGACUUUGAAGAUACGUCAUGUCUUGUUCAGCUUCUAUAUACUGGCGGGUGGAUACGUUUUAGGGACUGUGGCUUUUCUUGUGGAGAUCUUUAUGGGAAGGCGACGAAUUGACAAAUCCUCAAGAAAUCGGAAGCAUUGAACGAAAAGUAGAUUUUCGAUGUUAAAAUUGUUGGACGCAGUGGUUUUGAGACGAUUUUGUAUCCGGAGAACGUGAUAUCACAGGAGGUGGCACAGUUUCGACGAUUCUUGGGAAUGACGUCAUAUUUCAGAAAUUUUUCGAAACCAGAAUUUUUUAGAUUUGGUUCAAAAUUUUGGGCCGAUUUUUCGAAGUGGCACAAUUCUGGCAAUUCUUGGAAAUGACGUCACUUUUCAGGAACAAUCGAGGCGAUUCCUGGAAAUGACGAUAUUUUCCAGGAAUUUCUCGGAGCCGAAAUCGUGAAAAUUUGGUCCGAUUUUGCAAUUUUGUAUCGGGAGAACAUGAUCUCACAGAGAGUGGUACAAUUUCAUCGAUUCUUAGAAAUAACGUCACAUAUUUCUCAUUUUUAUAUUUUUGUUUUUUGGUGAGUUUUUGUGAGAUUUGAUAGUAAAGCGGAUAAGUAACGAGACUGUGAAAUGUUGUUAAACUACUCUGAUCUAUCAAAACUCUUUCUAAAUACAUUUUGUAUAAUUUUAUUUACAGUAAAUAAUCUCAUUUUUCAUUGUAUACUCAUUUCCAAGAAGAUCGUCGUUGCUAACCAGCUGUUGGCUGCUGUUGGUUGCUUCUCAUUGCUUGCAGUGCCCUGACAUGUUCUAUCACAUAAAUGGCGAAUUAUCUUUAUUGGUAUAAGUUAUUACUAAAUAUGUAAACGAUAACUUAUAUACAUACUAAUUUUAUAAUUGUAUCAUGUAAUAGCAUUGCUUAAUAAAAGAAUUAUUUAUUAAUUUCACUAUUACACAUGCGAUUGUAAAUUCCUUUCACAACAAAAGAGAAGAUUGAUAUUAUUUGAAUAUUUACUGUACUACUAAUAUUGAUAUUAUUAAUUAUUGCAAUACCUACAAAACUCUCUUUCGCGAAUAACCAGUAAAUAAUUUAACAAAUUGGAAAGGACACAAAGGAAUUUCUUCGCAAGAGAACAAGAUCUUUCGAACGACUAAGAAAUAUGGGUAACUUUUCGUCAAUUUAU